AAUACGCGCCAACCGCCUGGCGUAGCAAAACACAAUAAUAUUUUCAAGGACGUCAUCAUCGUCAUGGAGUCAAAUAUUUUUGGGGAUUAAAAAUCACAACGGGUUUCUAAUUUAGGCGCAAUCAUUUUUUUAAUUCAUUGAACAAUACUCUUAUAUAAUAAUAUAACAUAAAAUUUAAUUUUUGACUGCAAGAGAAAAUAAUGUUUGAUAAUAUAUUAUUGAAUUCGAUUUGAUGUGAUGAACUGCAAUAAAAACUUUUUUGUUUUGAAAGUAUUUUGGUUUCACAAUCACUAUCCAAUAAUAUAUGUUAACAUCGAUCUAUGUGAAAUACUUAUUUUUCUGUACCUACGCACUUUGGAUGUACCUACGCCGCAUGUAUGUGCGAUUGUGCAGUGAAAUACAAAAAUAACAAUAUCCGUGACAGUUGGAAAGACAUUCUGUCCCCGAAAAUACCAUCUACAAAAACAAAGUUAACGUACUUUUUUGGUAGAAAAAAAAACAUUUUAUAGUGUCAAUAUUAUUAUACCCAUUGAACUGUCGUGUAAUAAUAAUUGUGUGUACCUACAAAUGAUAUUUAUUUUACUAGAUAUCAUCAUUAUCGCGUGUGUGGGGGAUAAUAUUAUUAAUAUUUAUAAUACUAACCUACAGGUAAAAUGGGAAAAAAUUAUUUUUAAAAGAAACAUCAUCGUCCCCCCCCUCCUACCCCGGUAUCAUCGGUACCUAUAUCUUAUAAUGUCAGUUAGUCACCGCUUCCGGAUCAGCACACACACGCACUUCGUUCGAGACAUUAACACGUCACGCCAAUAUAUUAGACAUUUUGUCACGAGCACUUAAAAGCACCACCGGACUAGCCUUAAAAACCCGCGAAACGGCAAUUUUUUUUACGACCGCGGCUAAUGCGUCCGAACGAUCUAAUCGUCGAUUACCGGCGAAAUAUAUUAUUAUACAAGGUAAGUCCCCGAACAAAACAAUCGAUAUUUGCAUAAUACUUUGUGCAAAUUACAAUAAAUACGUAGUAUAGUACGUUGUACAACUGCAACGGCAGCGGCGGCAGUAUAUUAAUGUACCUACUUAUUAUUAUUAUUAUUAUCAUCAACGCGAUACCAGCUUUAUGCCUUACCGCGGCUAUAAUAUGUAUAGUGCCGCGAACAAUUAUUAUUAUUAUUAUUGUUGUUUAUUAAACGAGUGGUUAUUGCGAGACAAAUAAAAAAAAAUGUUACGUGCGCUUCGACUCGCUGCAGAGAAUACUAUAGAAUAGGAGGUAUAGGUACCUCUACUUAUACGUAUAAUAUUAUGUCUGUACGAUAAAUCGUGCGAUUUGUAAUGAAAGUCGUUCACCGCACACGAAAAACGCUGUAUCAAAAUCGAAAUAUAUAUUAAAUUAUAACGUUUCGGCCGCGCGAAUUAUAAUCAUACGAAAUAAUAAUAAUAUUAUUAUAAUAUACCUAUCGUAUCCGAGAUACACCGUGUUAUUAUAUUAAAAUCGCAUAAACGCGACUAGAGCUGUUGUAUUAUACUUAGGGUGCUGAAAUUUCACUCGUAAUAAUAUCAUAUUAUAUACAAUUCAGUCGUAUACUACACUGCACACCCGCGGCGGCUACCAAACGCCUACUUAACACCUACCUACCCAUACAUUAUAUUUUUAUUAUUUAAUACGCCAUCCGUUUUUAACUCGUAAGACACGGCACACAGAUUUCGAGUUUUUUUCUUUUUUUUUCUUCGCUCGGAUCAAACGAUAUUAUUAUUAUCAUUUUUUUUUUUUUACACGAGCCAGACAGAUCAUGUCAUUCGCUCGUAUAAUUAUCAUCAUCAUCAUCAUCAUCUCAACAACACAGCUGUUUUACGUAGACAUGUUUUCGAGAAGGCCCUACAACAUCAACACUACCUAUAUAGGUAUAUUGUAAUAUGCCUGCACGACGUGGUGUUGCGUCUGCACAAAGAUAAUUUUCUUUUUCUCUAAGCCAUUUCCAUAUUAUGUACCUAUAUAAUAUGUGUAUGGUUUCAGAAUCGCCGUUCAAUGUCGUCGUAUGUCGUCGUUCUGGUAAGUAUACUAAUAAUAACACACAAGGCCGGACAUUAACGAAUUAAAAAGUUAAGUUACUUUUAACAAGGUUACAUAUUAAUGAGUUACAUUUUUUUUCGUUAAAGAUGCUACUCUAACUUAACGAAUUAUUUAUUUUUUCAAACCAUGUUGUUAGUUACUACCUAAUCAGUGUUAAUUGAUUUUACUGUCGUACUAAGUCAAUCUCUUUUCUCACAUAAAUCCCAUGGAAUAAUUUUUAACAUCAGGUUAGGUUCAUCAUCCACCUGCUCAUUCCGUUAUUUUUUUCUGUCAAUUCUUCUUCUUCUUCGUCGUCUUCUAGGAUUUUACAGGCCUUUAAGGCCCAUGGCCACAGCAACAUAUAAUUGUCUCCAUACACCUCUAUUUCUCGCACAUUCUUCUUCAUUUCUUACAUUCAGAAGUUUUAGUUCUUCCUUAUUAUAUCUAUCAAUCUUGGUUUUGGCCGUUCUCUAGAUAUCUUAGUGCUGAAUUCUGUCAAUUACUCCUAUAAUUCAUGCAAUAUGUAUCUUUAUGUUUGCUAAAAAUGUUUUUGUUUUCGAUGCAUAGUAUAGUACUUUUAUUAAAUCUGCUUAUUGUGCAUUAGCAUAGGUUGCAUAAAUAUUAAAGUAUAAAGUUAUUUACUUAAAUUAUUUUAAACUAAGUUGAGUUACAUUUUUUCUGCAUGUAACUUUUAAAAGUAUUACUAUAGGUACAAAAAAUAAAAGUAAUUCGCGAUUAAGGAAAAUCAGGUUUUCUUGUCCAGCUUCGUCAAUAAUAAUUUUACGAUGUUAUAACAAUAUUAUACCUAUAAUAUGACACUAUUAUGUUCCUAUGGUUAACGAAACAUCGUCGGCGCAGGGCCUGUUAUCGACGUUAUCUGUGACGACUACUUUCGGGCGACUCGAGCCGAUACGUUCCAAUUUAAGUGGCAUGAAGCUGUAUACGACCACAACGUCCACGGUCGGCGGCAUAAUCUCAUCGAUCGAGAAUGGUUCGUCGUCGUUGGGCAGAGGGGUGAUGGUAAUGGCGAUCCACUGGUCCGGAAGCGGCGGCCGACCUGGCGGAAGUGGCAGUGGCGUCGACGACGAAGUACCGUACGGGUUCUUGCGGGCUCUGCAGGCCCGCUACGAGCAACCCGUUUACGCGGUCGAUCUGGACCGUCUGCUGUCCGACGGCCGUACGCGUGACACUGACGGCGGAGCAGACGCGCUCCCCGAGCCCUGCCGACGUCCCGUCGACCACGGUCUGGGGUCCCUGUUACCGCUGCGGUCCCGGUACGUGGUCCUGUUCCGCGGUAUCGCGCCGCCGGCCUGGGACCCGGACCCGUUCGUCGAACUGGCCCAACUCAACUACACGUUUUGGGACGUGGACGUGUACUACCUGAUCGUCGUCGACAACGGUUUCGACCCUGGCGUCCGACAGAUGGUGUACAGCUUGUGGCGCGACCUCUCCAUUUACAAGGUAAUCGUGGUGACGCCAACCGUGAUCAAGAUCCUCGAUCCGUUCGUCCACAACGCGGUCGACGGCCGGUUCUUGAACGUACCGCCGCGGUCACUGAGACGGAUACCCGGUAUACUCCAUUCGCGGAUCGGUAACCUGCGGCGAUUCCCGCUGCGGUUCGUCAUCAACAAUCGGAUGCCGACGGUGAUCGCGACGACGGGCGGCACGUACGUCGGCCAGGACGGCACGUUCGCCACGGUGCUGGCCGCCAAAAUGAACGCCACACCGGUUUACGUUUCCCAGCCGUCCGCCAACGGUAAGAUCAGUUACGGGUACAGGCGGACGGCCGGCAGGGCGUACGGCACGUUCGCCGGUGUGAUCGGCGGCCAGGCCGACGUCUCGGUCAACGGACACUUUCUGAAAGACUACAACUGUUACUUGGCCGAGCUCACCAGACACAUAACCAGCGACAAGGUGUGUCUGCUCACGCCCAAGGCCGGCGUCAUCCCGCCGAUGAUGACCGUGUUGAUGAGCUUCCAGAGAGAAGUCUGGAUGAUGACUGCCAUCACGUGCGUACUGGUUACCGCCAUAUACUUCGCGGCCGCGGCGUUGGACACGCACAGGCCCGGACCCACGGGAUCCGACUUGGGGCUGGAGAUCUACAGGAUGUUCAUCGGCGCACCGACCAACCGAGUUUUCGCUCUCUCCUGUCGCAGGAUAUUGACUUCGUUUUGUCUGUUUUUUACCCUUGUCAUCUUGAACGCUUUUCAGGGCUCAUUGGUGACGUUUUUGAACACUCCGAUGCACUAUCCCGAUGUCAAUACGUUCACCGACCUAAAACAGUCGGACUUGCCGAUUCGGACGUCCAGCAUCAGUUUCAAGGAAAUACUCACCGGAGACCCAAACUUGAAGUCUCUAGCCUACCGGGUCGAGAAAUGGGAAAAAGAAGUAGACAUACAUAAUUCUGACGGCCAGUUCGCCGGGUUCGAGCGCGUUAACGUCUUCAAUUUGGAACAUUUCAAAGACGUUCUGUUCAUCGCCAACAGGAACAACACUCGCGUACUGCACACAAUGAACGAGUGUCUGAUAUCGUACUUUAUAUCAUACGUAGUUCAUAGGAAUUCACCGUAUAAAAGAAGAAUAAAUAUCUUGCUGUCGUGGAUCGAUCAGGCUGGACUGGUACUCAAGUGGAACGGUGACGUUUCCAAGUACAUAUUUAAUAAAUACAAGCCAAUCAAUCCCAAAGAUUACGAUACUUCGAAAGUUUUUUCUGUCAGAGAUCUCGAAAUAGCAUUCAUUGUUUUAUCAUUCGGAAUUAUCUUGAGCAUUACUGUAUUUAUCAUUGAAAUGAUGAUUAUGUACAAAGCACCGAAAAUGCGCACACCACACCCUCCUCAUCUUCCAUUCUUACAUUAAUACACUACCAUUAAUCAACGUAUAAUAUUAUGAAUUAAUACUUUCUACUUUAAUACAUAAUAAUAUUCAAAAGUAUUUUUCAUUUUGUUUUAAAUAUUAUUAUCGAAAUAAACAACGAUAGCUAUAUACUAUAUAAUACAGUCUGUAGAAGCACUGUUUGCGCGCACAGAUCAAAAUAUACGUGUAUUUGAAUAGUGUGUCGAUUUCUAUGGAUUUUUUUUUUAAUAACAUGUAACUAAUU